UGCGGAUGGAUCACUUCCCUCUAUUUCAUGGGAGGUAUCAUUAGUUUCGGCUGGCAGGCAGGAAGAUCCCUUUGGGCAAAUUCUUAUCACAUGUUCGCACAUACAUUUGUCCUUUUAUCCUGAAAUCUAAUAAUUUAAUUGGCUUCCGUGAUUUCUCUCUAUUAUUUCCCCCCUCCCACCCUCUCUCUCAUUUCUUUGAGCUUCAUUCACUAUGUACACCAAACUAUUCAACACCUUUUCCGAUGCUUGGUCACUUUGGUGGCAGACCGGCAAAAUUACUCAAGAUGGAUUCAUAUUUACUAUUUUCAUUGGUGUGUUCGCUGUGUUAUGGUUUCUUCUAUUGCUCGUUAAGAAACCAAACAAGAAUCCACCGUUGCCGCCAGGUCCUAAGGGCUUGCCGCUUGUCGGCAACCUCCUCGCCCUGGACCCUGAGCUACACACAUACUUCCAAAACCUUGCACAAACCUAUGGCCCGAUCUACACGCUAAAACUCGGCAAAAAGAUCGGUAUUGUGAUAAGCUCCCCGGCCUUAGCGAAGGAAGUGCUUAAGGAUCAAGACACCACAUUCGCCAAUCGAGACGUGCCGGUGGCUGGCAGAGAAGCGACAUAUGGCGGUUUGGACAUCGUCUGGACUCCGUACGGACCCGAAUGGCGGAUGCUGAGGAAAGUCUGCGUGCGGGAAAUGCUUAGCAACAACAGUUUGGAGUCUGUUUACGCCCUCAGGCGGAGAGAACUUCGGCAGGCGAUCAAGUACUUGUACGGCCGAGCUGGAUCGCCUGUUGACAUCGGCGAGCAGAUGUUCUUGGGAGUGCUGAAUGUGAUUACAAGCAUGAUGUGGGGCGGAACCGUGACGGGGGAGGAAAGGGCAGGGCUCGGGGCAGAGUUUAAGCAAGUAGUUGGAGAGAUGACUGAAUUGCUGGGAAUGCCUAAUUUGUCGGAUUUCUAUCCGGGGCUGGAGAGGUUUGAUCUUCAGGGGGUAAAGAAGAAGAUGAAAGGGCUGGCACAGAGAUUUGACAAGAUUUUCGAGACCAUUAUUGAGCAAAGAUUGAAAAUCAAUGGAGAAGUAGCGGGGAGUGGGGAGGAAAGCAAGGAUUUUCUGCAGUUCUUGUUGCAGCUGAAAGACGAGGGAGAUGCCAAGACGCCUUUAACUAUGACUCAUGUGAAAGCUUUACUCAUGGAUAUGGUGGUGGGCGGGACGGACACAACAGCCAACACGAUCGAGUUCGCUUUGGCCGAGAUGAUGAACAAGCCCGAGGUACUGAACAAAGUGCGGCAAGAACUGGAGACAGUAGUAGGCAAAGAUAACAUGGUUGAGGAAACCGAUAUCAACAAGCUCCCAUACUUGUACACUGUGAUGAAAGAAGUGUUGCGGCUGCAUCCAGCCCUUCCGCUCCUCGUCCCUCACUGCCCCAGCACGACGUGCACCGUUGCACGGUACAUGAUUCCAAAGGGUGCUCGUGUUUUCGUCAACGUCUGGGCAAUCCACCGGGAUCCCUCCAUAUGGGAGAACCCUUUGGAGUUUUGUCCUGAAAGAUUUUCGGAUAGCAAAUGGGAUUACAGUGGAAAUGACUUCAAGUACUUCCCGUUCGGGUCCGGACGUAGGAUAUGUGCUGGAACAGCUAUGGCUGAGAGAAUGUUCAUGUAUUCACUUGCUUCGCUGGUUCAUUCUUUCAACUGGAGUUUGCCGGCAGGAGAAAGCCUGGACUUGUCUGAGAAGUUUGGGAUUGUUUUGAAGAAGAAGAUACCAUUGCUUGCAAUUCCAACUCCCAGAUUAUCUAAUCCUAGCCUCUACGAAUAAAGUGCGGUGUAACCUAGGAAAUUCUACCCCAAACAGGAUUAUAUGAUAAGUGUAAUAUAUCUGGCGUGUGAUUGAUGUACAUUUAAAAAAAAAUAAUGAAUCACAUGAUAAAUGAAGCACUUACUGUGUGAUUGGUUUGAUUCAA